AAAAUCUUUCGACAGAUCGUUUGCCUGACAGGUGUUUCAGCCAAUUAUUCGUCAGGAUCGUGGUCCCUCAUCCAAUUGUAACGUGUCUUGAGAAAAUGGGAGGGACCCUAGCGUCACCCACUUCUUCUUCUUUGGUGCUGCCGGAUUCAACUUCCGGCUGCUGCGUCCUCUGGAAAUCACAACAAUGGGCAGUGUUUUGGCUGCCAGCUCCCCCAACCCUCCACCCCCUGCCUCUGGCGCUGCUGCUGCUGCGGCCCCUGGGUUGACGGUGCCACCGGGCUUCGGGAUGCCCCCGUUGUCCCCAGUUAUACCCUCUGCUGGGGCAGCCUCAGGACAGGAGCAGGAGACAGAAAGCUCUUUACCUAACCCGGGUGCAUUUGAUGAGUGUCAUCGCAAGUGUAAAGAGGUUUUCCCUAUGCAGAUGGAAGGCGUCAGGCUAGUUGUCAACAAGGGCCUUAGCAACCACUUCCAGGUGAAUCACACGGUGCUGCUGAGCACCACGGGAGAUUCCUCCUACAGGUUUGGUGCUACGUAUGUUGGAACAAAGCAGAUGGGUCCGGCAGAGUUUUUUCCAGUCAUGGUGGGAGACAUGGACAACAGUGGCAGCCUUAACGCCCAGAUCAUCCACCAGGUCACCAGCAGAAUACGGUCCAAACUGGCCUUCCAGACACAACAACACAAGUUUGUGAACUGGCAAGGCGAUGCGGAGAUUAAGGGGGAAGAUUUUACUGCAACGAUGACACUUGGAAACCCAGAUGUCCUUGUCGGCUCUGGUAUUGUUAUAGCACACUACCUCCAGUCCAUAACGCCGGCUCUGGCUCUGGGGGGGGAGCUGGUUUACCACCGCAGGCCGGGGGAGGAAGGCACAGUGAUGUCUUUCGUCGGCAGAUACAUAGGGAGUAACUACAUCGCCACGUUGACCCUCGGCUCUGCGGGGGCUCAUGCUUCGUACUAUCACAAAGCCAACGAGCAGUUGCAGCUCGGUGUGGAGUUUGAGGGGAGCACCCGCAUGCAAGACACCAGCGUGUCGUUUGGCUACCAGCUAGAUGUGCCUAAAGCUAAUUUACUGUUUAAAGGUUCAGUAGACAGUAACUGGGUCGUUGGUGCAACAUUAGAAAAGAAGCUGCUUCCACUGCCGCUCUCUUUGGUUCUCUGCACCUUCCUCAACCACCGCAAGAACAAGUUCCAGUGCGGUUUUGGCAUCACCAUCGGUUAGACCGAGCAGCUGGUCAUCGACCAGCAGACUUCACAGAACAGACAGACCCACUAUGGACAAGCAGACUAUGCCAUGUACAGCACUGUGUGUCCCAUCACUUCAAUCUGCUCCGUUCGGCCAUUAUCAUGUUAUUGGUUUCAUCAAAUGUGGUGAAUAGAAGGUACUAUUGUAAAUGUAUUGCAUUUAAUCCUGUAAGAUUAAUGAACUGAAUGAUCAUUGAGGUGAAACAAUAAUGGGAUUGGUCAGGGGAUUUGUUGACUGUGGACUCUCAACACGAACCAGUAGACAGGAGAAAGACUUAACACAUUAAGAGACAUUACAAGAUUAUUAUUUUUCACUGAGUUCUUUGUCCCUUGCUCCAGUCUUGAAUUCAAGUCUUGUUUUUUGAUUUUACUGUAAAGUCUGUCUCGGCGUGCGGUGAAUGAAAUCCUUGUCAUUGACUUGUUAAAAGAUGAUUUCUUGGUUACAGACAAGUUUACAAGCUAUCAGAAGGAAGUGUGCUGAACUGCAUGUCCCAUUUGCAACCCAUCACUUGUUUUGUUGCCUUUUUUAUGUUGCAUACAUAUGUGGAACAGUAUAUAUGACCUGUGUAUAUACCUCUUGGAAACUGAUAAAUACCAUUUCUUAC